UAUCAGAAUGAUAAGACAGUCAGAGAAUAUAUCUAUGAACUAAGUGAGCUUUGGAACAUGAUUGGUGACGUGGCCGAAAGACAAAGAGUAACUCGCCUUUGGACUGGUUUGAAUCCUAGUAUCCAGACCGAACUCUGGAAAAAGGAGCUUAAUCCAGAGUCAUCAUCGUUCCGGGAGGUCCAAAGUGUGGCCGAGGUGAUAGAGAUUGCCCAUUCCAUACCUACCAGAGGUCGUGAGCGUCGAGCCAAGGAUGGA